GUAGAAAAGCAGUAGAAAAAGCAGCGAUCGGAAGGCGGAGAAGGGCUAAAAAAAAGGGGGGGGGCGAGACAUGGAUUCCGGGGAGCCAGAGAGGGUCUUGCAGCAGUUUUAUGGGGAGCACGCCUUCCUCUUAGGAGACAAAGACUGGACGGUGAAGAAGAACUGCUUUGUCGUCAAAACGGCGGUGGAGAAGAUGGUGAAGUGGGCCUAUGAAUCCAGCACGGGGCUGUACCCCGGGGACCCCGUCCUGGUGGGCAGCUACCGGGAAGGCUUGCACCUUCAAGUGGCCGGGCGUUCCAACGACUUCGACUUCCUCAUCCCGGUGCGGUAUAACCCCCGCUUAGCUCUCGUCAGCGGGAGCGUCCCAGAGGACCUGGGCGGCUACAAGCAGAAGCUCCCCACCUAUAUCUUCCGGGAGGGAGGGCUGCCCGUCCUCCGCAGCGGGACCAAAAUCCUCGUCGACCUGGAAGCCCUGGGGGAAACUUACGUGCAAGUCUUCUGCGAGAAGCAAAAGACCCGGAGGGAGGGGGGAAGUGAUGAUGACGAGGAGGAUGACGACCUCGAUUUGGAUCGACUAGAGGAGUGCGAGGAGAGCCUUGAGCACCACAACCUGGACCCUGUUGAAAUCUUGAGAGACUUUCACCAUCAUGUAGAAAUUGCUUUGAAUCCAGAAUACUUCCACCCUCGCCAAAAUGACCCCGUGUUUCAGCGGAGACUCUUCCCCUCCCGAGUUCCAAAGAUUGACCAAAGGAUGAGAGAGAACAUCACGUUGGAGGCCUUGGAUCGAGAGGGCCCAGCUAUCCGGUUGAAAUUCAAUGAUGGGAUCGAAACAGUAUCCGUGAAGCUGGUACCCGCCAUCCAGGGAGCCAUCCAGUUCUCCCACCAAGGUGUGAGGGAAGAUCUGGCUCACCUUUCUGACUGGUGGGAUGGAGACCUGGUGGAUGAAAAGAGCAGCUUUAUCCGGAAAGCAGCAGCUGUUCAUGAAGCUGGACCAGAACUGGUGGCCAAGGGAGGAUUUUGGAGACUCUCUUUCAGCCAGGCUGAGGCCAUGAUUCUGGAAGAUAUUGAUGCUGAUGGGGGACACAGGAAGGAAGCUUUGAGACUGCUGAAGUUUGUGAACAUGACCAGGUGGACACCAGAGUAUGGCAAAAUCUUGACUUCCUAUCAUCUCAAGACCAUUUUGCUGUGGUGCUGCGACAUCUCUCCUCAAAAAGCCCCAUGGGAGACACUCUUCUCCUCACUGCAGACCCUCCUGAGGCUCAUACGUUAUACUGUCAUCAAGGGAAACCUUCCUCAUUACUUCCUGGUGCCCGUCAACCUCUUCAACAGAUACUACAAAUCCAGUAACCCCAUCUACAGGUCUUUAGCGUUAGAAGCCCUGCGUCGGGAGACUGAAGUGAUGCUGGCUGACCCUGUGGGGUACCUCAUGCCAGAGCGUGAGCCACAAGACCACAGUGCCAAUGAAGAAUAUGAGGAGAAGAUGGCGGCCAUCAAGGAGUUCAAGGAAAAGUAUCAGGAAGAGCUAAAGGAGCUGAAGACAAUGGAAGAUGAGCAUUUGUAUGAAGAGAUAGAAACAAUUGAGGGUGUAGAAGCCGAGCCAUCUCUGAGGAAUUCAAGAUCUACAUGAGCAUUUUCCCACCCCGACACAAUUUUUCCACAGCUGUUUAAUUAUUUUGUAUUCUUGGUAUUGGGUGAGAAGACUUCAGGCCUUGUGAUGGCACAGGCCAAAAACUGAAAUCACGUGGACAAGGCUGAACAAAAAUCAUAGUGGGGUUUCAAACGGCCAAAAUACCAUCAGCAACUUCCUGCCACUCUAGGAAGAGCAACCUUGAUGAACCUGAAACUCUCUGGAUAUGUUGGACUACAACUCCCAUCAGUCUCUGGCCAAAGAGGAGAAACCAGAUUUAAGUCCCUGCACAGCUGCAAAGUUCAGUGUCUAAGAUCAUGCGUGUCAGCUUAACUCACCUCAACAGGACUGUUGUGAAAGUAUGGAAGGAAUCAUGUCUUGAACCUUCUCUCUCCCUCAAAGGAAGGAUGAGAAAGGGGCUAUAAAUACAUUUACACUUUGUUUUUAGUAUUUAAAAAAAUUACACAGUUUCAAUGCACUUAAUUAGAAAUACAUUUAACAUC